GCUCACACCAAUCUGCUCCUGGGCCACGUCUCAUGUAAACCCCCGCCGCCGUUGUCGCCCCUCGCUCUUCCCCUCCCCUUCUCUCUCCUUCCUUCCGUCACCUCGUACCCUUCUCUUCGGUGUAUCCCUCCCCACGCACGCACGCGUGCGCUCCUCACUGGACGAGGCCCACCCUGUUGCCAAUGGUGUCGAGCACUCCCUCUCCCUCUCCCUCCUUUUCUGACACCGGCUUGGAUGAACCCCUCCCUCCCCAUGUCCCGGUUGGCAUCUUCAACAAGGGCCUCACCUGCCACCUGAGUGCCCUCCUACAAACUCUCUUCAGCAUCCCACGGCUUAUGCAGCCGAUCUUGCAGAAUACCGCGCGCAUCCAUCCGAGCACCACCAACCACUCUGAGCGGGUGCUCCUGGAACUAUGUCGGAUGUAUCUUCGCAAGGUGUCGAAGAUAGUCUACACUCAGAUUGACCCGGCAGCACUGAUUGCCGCCCUGGAGGCCCAUCCGCUCUUCCAUGGCAUCAAUCUCAACUCUGAACAGGACCCAUCUGAGGUUCUGUCCAAGCUGAUGGAGAUCGUCGAAGAGGUGGCCACAGCCAUGAGGGCCCCGAGCCCUGGGAGCCUGGCAGGGUCGCCAGCCACCCCGAGCCCACCAAAGACCAGCAUGCCCGAUCUGUUCCGCUUCACCGAGAACCAUGUCAGCUUCCAGGAGCACCUGGAAUUGAAUCACACCGAGGUCGAUCGUCUACUGAAGACGGCAUCCAUUUCCCCGCAGGACAGUACAACCAUGUUUAUCAUCCCCCCCGGAGCCGGGGUUUCGCACCUGGAAGAUCUGCUCCUCCAACAGAUGUUCCCCUUUUGCGACUUUUCCCUGGCGCGAACGGUCCUGUCCAGUGGCGAGCCAGCUACCGAGGAGCAAAUCCGCCAGAUCAUGCCAAGCAGCCUGGAGGAGUUCCAGCGCCCAUGGAUGCUGAAAUCCACGGCCGAGGUCAUGUGCUUCCACAUCAGUCAAACCAGCCGGGACAAUUUGAGCCAGGUGGUUUUCCCCGAGCGACUGAACUUGGGGCCCUUUCACCAAGAAAACCUGGCGCAAACCUUCAAGUGCAUUUUCGACCUGAGGCAAACCUUGCAUGAGGAUCGCCACAAGCGCGACCUAUCCGCGGCCUUGUCCCACUUCCAGGAUGCAUUCAACAGUUGGGUUGAUUGCUCAAGUCCGAGUGCAUCCCUGACACUUCGGUACCCGAACGGGGAGGUUGCCUCUCACACUGUGGCAGAACAUGUCACUGCCCUGUCGAAGAUCUUCCAGCCGGUGAACGACCAUGCUUCCUGGGUCAAGCAGGUCAUCUCCCAGCAGUAUGAGGCCAUCAAUGCCGUGGGCUCGGACCCCUUUGUCCUGCAUGCCCUUGUGAUGUUCAAGCGCCAGGACAACGACGGCGGUCACUACUACAUGAUGCUCAAUCGGCACGAGCUGUCGGCGGACGGCCAGGCUCUUUGGUGGCUUUGUGAUGACCUGAAGAUCUCGGAGCUCACUUUCGCCGAGGUGACGCAGCGCUUCGAUGCCGUGAACAAUGCCGGCUAUUUGGCCUUCUACAUCAAGGAGGGGUCGUCUCUGCUUGGCAACAGCUUCUUGGAUUAUGCCCUCAUUCGCGAUGCCAACUCCCGGUCCAUCCAUCUGAUUGAUGAGAUCAUCCGAGAAAAUACCGCACAUGUGGAGGUGGCCGAGCCUCAGGCUCAUCCUGGGUUCCUCUUCCUCGAAGAGGGUCUUCCCCUGACACUGGGACGUGCUUUGGCCUAUUUGGGCCUGGGGCAUGUCUUCGGGGCAGAUCAUUGCCAGACGGUCGAGGAGUUCUAUGUUCGGGCUGUGUGGGACAUCGUCACUGGACUCUGUCUUACUCCCCCGGCCUCUCGGAAACUAUCAUCCUCGACGAAUUCCUUCAUCAAGCUUCACAUCUCGAUGGCCUCCCUGCAUGAAACCAUUCGUAACUUUGGAUUUCGCCUCUUUUUCUUUGUGGCCUUCGGCACGGUGUAUGACCUCUAUAAUAAGGUUCCCGAAACGGUGGUCAGCCACUGCCAGUUCCUGGUGAAGGCCAUGACCCACUUGGGCGUGAAGCCAUUUAUCCCACACCGGUCGGUUGAGGCCCUCCUGGCAUACCACACCCUCGGCAUUGGUCUUCCGCCGGAACAGGGCUCCGUUGUGACUUUCAUGUGUCCGCGCGACAAUGAGCCGGGCUUCCCUCUUGACAUUUUGUCGAUGCUGGAAGUUCCCCUUCAGCCGCUGGCGUCUCUGAAAUAGACACCUGGGGGACGAGACGAUCCCGCUUCUCUUUUCCGAGA